ACUUUUCCUUCUAAAGCAGCGACUUCUUCCCCACUCCUUCGAUUAUUGUGCAGUUUGAUUCCGUGUACCAUCAAGCUGCAAGAGGUUCAAGAAUUACAGAUCAUCAUGUUGGGGCUCAUAACAUCCUUAAUAUGCCUCGUGUUUGUAGCAGCGUACAUAUUUUUGAAGAGACGGUACACUUACUGGAAGAUGCUUGGAGUCGCCGGUCCAGAACCAACAAUGGUUGUGGGCAACAUGAAACACAUCAUCAGCCUCAAGUUCUCGGAGCCGGACAUGAUGAACGGCUGGUACAAAGAAUACAAGAACGAGCCCUACAUAGGGUAUUACAACUUCUGGAAGCCGACAUUGUUCGUUAUCGAUCCAGAACUGAUCAAAGCUAUUACUGAAACCGAUUUCAAUCACUUCACCGACCAUCCGAAUUUCACUACUGAAACAGAAACCGAUGCUAUUUUGGAUUCCUUAUUCGACAUGAAAGGAGCACGAUGGAAAGCAAAACGGCAGAUAUUUUCAAAACUAUUCAGUCCGAAAAAACAGAGGGAACUAUCGAACAUAUUGGAGGAACACCACGAUUCUUUGUUGGUAGAGGUCGAAGAACAGCGCAAGUCGAAGGAUGAGGUUGAGCUGAUGGGGAUAAUGGAGCGACAUAUAUUAAAAAUACUCACUUCCUUCAUGUACAGUAUUGAUUCGUCUCAGAAUCGAGAAAGACAUUCCAAGUUAUCGGAAUUAUCUGAAAUCUUCGCCCGUCCUCCUGGAUCUAGUGUACGCCGAUUUCUUUUCUUCAUAGUUUUUCCAAGUCUCUAUCAAAAAUUGAGAAUAUCGGCCUUUCCCAGUAUAUUUUGGAACUAUUUUUCUAAUUUCACCAAUGAACUCUUGCAUUCGAGAAAUGACAAAGGUGAUCGUGAUGAUUUGGUCGCUCUGAUUGCAAAAAUGCAAAAAGAAGGACUUCUAGAAUCUGAGAGAAUAGAAUACAAUGAAGCUGUCGGCCACGUGUUCUCGUUUUUAAUAGCAGGCCAUCACACGACGAUGACUACUUUGAGCCACGUUAUUUAUCAGUUAAGUCUUCACCCCCAGAUCCAGGAGAAACUUCGAACAGAAGUUGACAGUGUCCUCAAAGGCAAAGAUACUGUUACUUACGAUUCUAUAAGGCAGAUGAAUUACCUAGAUGGAGUUAUUAACGAAACGUUACGUUUGUAUCCGUUGCUGGGAAUUUUAAAGAGAACUUGUACACAAACGUAUAAGAUUAAUGACAAGUUGACCAUACCCAAGGGCAUGGACAUCAGCAUACCUGCUUAUUCUAUUCAUACAGAUCCAGAAUAUUUCCCAGAGCCAGAUAAAUUCUUACCGGAAAGAUUCACCGAAGAAAAAACACCAUCAGCUCUUUUCAUGUCAUUCGGUAAAGGGCCAAGACUGUGUAUAGGGAAACGGUUUGCAUACAUUUCGAUGAAGACUGUAAUAGCGAAAAUAAUUUCAGAAUACAUAAUAUUACCGGGAACAAAGACAAGAAACCCUUUGGUGUUCGACACUAGAACUUUUUUCAUAACUGUCCAUCCUAUCGACGGACUCCAUGUCAGGAUACAGAAGAGAAUGAAGUGAAUUGCAAAUGGUUGUUAAUAGUAAAACAUUGUUAUAAAAUGUUCCUGUAUAAGUCUGAAAAAAAUAUCUUUACCAAAAAGUCAUUUUGAUAUAGAAUGUAUUGUUUUAAUGGAAUAAAAUUAUUAAAUAA